UCAGCGUCCGUCCGCCCCGAGCAAGGCCAGCGGACAUGACCGACCCACCAGGGGCCCCGCCCCCGGCGCUCGCAGGCCGCGGGUGAAGAAGAAAACACCACCCCACACAGCCCGGAGCGAGGACAUGGCCCAGAGGGAGGAAGUGGUCCCGAGCAAGGAGAUGGCCCGGAGCGAGGAGAUGACCCGGAGUGAGGCGGUAGCCCAGAGCGAGGAAAUGGCGGCGACCAGGCUCAACUUGACCGUCACCCACAACAAUGAGAAGCACGACCUUUAUGUUACCCCACAGCAGGGCACUAGUGAACCAACUGUCCAAGACCUGGCCCAGCUUGUUGAAGAGGCUACAGGGGUUCCACUGCCUUUUCAGAAACUCAUAUUUAAGGGAAAAUCCCUGAAGGAAAUGGAACAGCCAUUGUCAGUACUUGGAAUACAAAAUGGUUGCCGGGUCAUGUUAAUUGGAAAAAAGAACAGUCCAGAGGAAGAGGUUGAAUUAAAGAAGUUGAAAGACUUAGAGAAAGCUGUGGAGAAGAUAGCUAACCAACUGGAAGAGUUGAGUAAAGAUUUUGCUGGAAUCCAGCAGGGUUUUCUGGCCAAGGAUUUGCAAGCUGAAGCUCUCUGCAAACUUGAUAGGAGAGUAAAAGCAACAACUGAACAGUUUAUGAAGAUCUUAGAGGAGAUAGACACACUGAUUCUGCCAGAAAAUUUCAGAGACAGUAGACAGAAAAGGAAGGGCUUGGUGACAAAGGUUCAGGCGUUCCUGGCUGAGUGUGACACAGUGGAGCAGAACAUAGGCCAGGAGACCGAACGGCUGCAGUCCACAAACUUGGCCCUGGCAGACUGAGGAUUCUAAAAAUCCCAGGUUGGUUGGAUCCAACAGUGGACUCAAACAUACCAACGGUCACCAAGAUGAUGCAGGAAUGGGCGACAUUUCAUUUUGUUGUACAUGGGGUUGCCAUGAGUCAGAGAUGACAGCAGCUAACAACAGCAACAAUCAUAAACAUGUGAAACGGAAUUUCAUCUAACAACUAUAUCCACCGACUUCAUGUUGAUAUUGAUGUGCAAUUGAGGCUAUACGUUUUUACAAUUCCGCUGAUGUAAUACUACUGAAUAGUUUGUUUUAACAUUAAAAUUAAUACAUUUUUCUUAUAAUCUAUUUCAGGGGAAUGAUUCCUAACAUGAACUGAUGGAAAAAAAAAAUUCUUGACAUAAGGUUUCAUCUGAUUUUUAAAAUUUUUAUUGUGUUUUAGGUGAAAGUUUACAGUACAAAUUAGGUUUUCAUUACAGUACAAAUUAGGUUUUCAUUCAAGGUAGCGUGUAAUUUGCGGGAAAAAAUCUGCUAGUGAUGUGAAUUAUUGAAACUCAGUGCUAUUUGAUGUUAUAUAUCAAAGACAAGACUGGAGGGGUAGCCUAGGGCAAGUUCUUCUCAAAAUUUAAAAAGCAUAGAGAAAAACUUGGGGAUCUUGUUAAAAUGUAGAGUAAGCUUCAGAAGGUCUGGGGUGGGGCCUGAGAUUCUGCAUUUCUAACAAGCUGCCGGUGAUGUUGUUUACCCUGGACCAUGCUUUGAGUAGAAGGAACCUGGGAGACCUGCCCAAGUGCAGAGAAGAAAAUGAGAGAGGAGAAAGCUAAGCUGAGAGCAGAGAGGAGAGAAUUUCUAAAAAUGGGAAACAAGAAGCUAUUUAAGGUAUUUAAAGGGUUAUAUCUUAUAUGGAAACCCUGGUGGCAUAGUGGUUAAGAGCUAUGGCUGCUAACCAAAAGGUUGGCAGUUCAAAUCCACCAGGCACUCCUUGGAAACCCUAUAGGCUGGUUCUACUCUGCCCUAUAGGGUCACUAUGAGUCGGAGUCGACUCAAGGGCAACAGAUUUUGGUUUUUAUCUUAAAGCAAGUUUGUAACCUAAUAAAUGCGAGAAACUGUGUAUAUAUUUGUCAUGGGUUGAAUUAUGUUCCCCCAAAAAUGUGUGUAUCAUCUUGGUUAGGCCAUGAUUCCCAGUAGUCUGUGAUUGUCCUCCAUUUUGUGAUUGUAAUUUUAUGUUAAAAGGAUUAGGUGGGAUUGUAACACCACCCCAUUACCCAGGUCACCUCCCUGAUCCAAGGUCAAGGGAGUUUCCCUGGGUUGUGGCCUGCACCACCUUUUAUCCCAAGAGAUAAAAGGAAAGGGAAGCAAGCAGAGAGUUGGAGACCUCAUACCACCAAGAAAGCAGCACCAGGAGCAGAGCACGUCCUUUGGACCUGGGGUCCCUGCGCCUGAGAAACUCCUUGACCAUGGGAAGAUUGAGGACAAGGACCUUCUUCCAGAGCUGACAGAGAGAGAGCCUUCCCCUGGAGCUGAUGCCUUGAGUUUGGACUUUUAGCCUACUUUACCGUGAGGAAAUAAAUUUCUCUUUGUUAAAGCCAUCCAC